UCAAAUCACAACUGUCGAUACUCCUACAGCACGGCUCGGAUCGAUUCCCUCCCCAUCCAUCCCAUCGCCAUUAACGUGGUCCCCUUUCCAUCUCCAGCUUCUCUUCCUAGGGUUUUCUCGAAGGGGCCGGCGAUUGCCAAUUCCCUUUUCCGAUUCACCGAUUCGCUUCAGAUCUGUAGCAACAAAAUGUACGGAUUCGAAGCGCUGACGUUCAACAUCCACGGUGGAUACCUGGAGGCGAUCGUUCGAGGAUACCGCUCCGGUCUCCUCACCGCCGCUGAUUACAACAACUUAUGUCAGUGUGAGACACUGGACGACAUCAAAAUGCAUCUCUCCGCCACCGAGUACGGGCCCUACCUCCAAAAUGAGCCCUCCCCAUUGCAUACUACUACAAUUGUGGAGAAAUGCACCCUCAAACUGGUUGAUGAGUACAAGCAUAUGUUAACCCAAGCCACAGAACCUCUAUCGACCUUUCUGGAGUACAUCACUUAUGGCCACAUGAUCGACAAUGUUGUGCUCAUUGUUACUGGAACUUUGCAUGAGAGGGAUGUUCAGGAGUUAUUGGAGAAAUGUCAUCCUUUGGGGAUGUUUGACAGCAUUGCGACUCUAGCUGUUGCCCAGAAUAUGCGGGAGCUUUACAGACUGGUGCUUGUUGACACACCCCUGGCCCCAUACUUUUCUGAGUGCAUCACUUCGGAGGAUUUGGAUGACAUGAACAUUGAAAUUAUGAGGAAUACUCUUUACAAGGCAUACCUUGAAGAUUUUUACAGGUUUUGCCAGAAACUUGGUGGUGCCACAGCAGAGAUUAUGUCUGACCUCCUUGCAUUUGAAGCUGACAGAAGAGCAGUUAAUAUCACAAUAAACAGCAUUGGCACCGAGCUUACUCGAGAUGACCGGAGGAAGCUGUACUCUAAUUUUGGCUUACUAUAUCCUUAUGGUCACGAGGAGCUUGCUAUCUGUGAAGACAUUGAUCAGGUCCGUGGUGCCAUGGAAAAGUACCCUCCUUACCAAUCCAUAUUCUCCAAGUUAUCUUACGGGGAGAGUCAGAUGCUCGACAAAGCCUUUUAUGAAGAGGAAGUAAAACGACUCUGCUUGGCAUUUGAGCAGCAGUUCCAUUAUGGUGUAUUUUUCGCAUACAUGAGGUUGAGAGAGCAGGAGAUCCGGAACUUGAUGUGGAUAUCAGAAUGCGUAGCACAGAACCAGAAAUCGCGAGUACACGACAGCGUGGUCUUCAUAUUCUAGUAAGAAAUGAAUGAAUGCAUCACAAUUUCCGACUACAUACGUGCUUCUAAAAAUUGGUUGAGAUUUCAUUUCAUCUGCUGCUGCCUUAUUUGAGUUUUUGUUGUUUAUUGGAGUUUGAUGAAUAAGCCGUGCUGCUGUUGUUGUCGUCGUCGUCGACAUGAACAAUAAUAUUUAUAUGCCUGCCUAUAAAAUCUAUACGUCCUCACGGCACGCCACUAAUAUUUUUAUCAUUUUUAUUUUCGACCGAAGAGAUUGUAGGUUUUGAUUGGAUGGAUGGAUGAUGGAUUAGAUUAAGGCUUGUUGAUGAUGGGUUUCAUUCGUGUA